UGUAGUAGUUGGUGAACUUGUUAUCCAGUGGCGUGGUAAUUGAUGAAAAAGAUUAAAUUUCAUUUAAAUUAUCAUUAAUUUUGGAUUCAUUGGGUAUCUGGUAGCUCCUAAAAAUACGCUAAUCAACCCAACAAUCAACACGUUGAUUUUGAGCAUUGCUUAAAAAUGCCUGUAAAUAAUAUUUUGUACUCGGAAAAAUACUCCGAUGAGCAUUACGAAUAUCGACACGUGAUUUUGCCUCCAGAUUUGGCAAAACUUGUGCCUCGACCCCAUUUAAUGACUGAGACAGAAUGGCGCAAUUUAGGGGUACAACAAAGUCCUAAUUGGGUGCAUUAUAUGCUUCAUACGCCUGAGCCACAUAUUUUACUAUUUAGGCGUCCUCUCUCGCAAAGUAAUUCAAAUAGUUUAUAAGGAUUUCAAGUGCAAAUAUGUUAAGUAUAAAUUUAAGUUUUCAAGUUUUCUAUGACAGGGAAUUCAUAAUGAUUUAUUAUGUCGUACUAGUUCUUGUAAUGAAGAAUAAAUAAUUUGUUUUAUAAAA